GGCCUUAACUUUUUAUCACAAAAAAAGGAGAAUUUAGUUUAUUUCAUUUGUAGAGUGUCUUUUAAAAACGAAAAAAAGGAUGUAUAUGUGUUAUUAAAUAUUUUUUAAAAAAUGGGUCGUGUAGUAGAACAUCGUACUGUAACUCCUAUAAUAGAUGGUAUACGAGUAAUAUUGAGAGGAAGGCAACAUCGAAAUGCACUAAGAUACGCAGAUGAUCAAGCAGCUAGAACUCAACCACCGCCUGAUUUACCUGGAGGACCCUUUCAUAAAACAUCAAAAAUUUAUUACUUUACACGCGAUGCAAGACGUGAAGUCGAACCUCCUCUUGUAAUUUCAUCAGCCACUGUAAAGCAGAUAACAGCAGGGGAACAAGAGAAAGCAACCAAAGCUCUUACUCCAGGCAAGGCAUAUCUGCCAGCUUAGUUCCAUUAAAAGUGUUUUAAUUUAAUGUGUAGUAAAUGAUGUAAUGUAUAGUUUAUUAACUAGUAUUUAUGUUACAUUUAAUGCAACAGAGACAACUAUUUAUAUAUGUGAAUAAAUGUUAACAUAGACUAA